ACAAAGAAAAGGUCUUUUGCCUUUUCACUUUAGCAAUCGUAACCUGCCAAUCCUAGAGAUCUUUUUCUUUGCACAUAUAUAUCUACCAGCAUAAUCAGUGAACUAGAAAAAUUUGGUUCUCAAACAGGAAAAGAGAUCAAAAUGAAGUUCUUUCAAUGGGUGCAUCGAAAACAUCGGCAGAAUAGUAUAGAACCUUUCAAGGAUUUCACAUUUGGAAACCCUUCUACUUGCCUUACAGUGAAGCCAACACUUGACAAUCAAUACUCCCAUACGAAGCCAUGCUUCAGCUCCAUAAAUCAGCCCAAUUUCUCGAAGUCACACAAUCAGGAAAAUCAAAUAUCUUAUUCUGGAUUGGUUGACAGCAGAGAAGACAGGUCUCAAGAAGAAACAACAGCAAUAUGCUCUCAGCUCUUUGAAGGUUUCCUAACAAUUGGAACACUUGGUACAGAAACAGAAACCAAUGAACCAGGAACACCAACAUUUGCGGAGCCUUCAGGAAACAUACCAAUGGGAAGUGAAAAGGUGACAGAAAAUGAACUCAAGCUCAUAACCUAUGAGCUCGAGAAAUUUCUAGAGGCUGAAAGAGAAGAAAGUUUCCAUGAUUCAUCAGGAAGAAACAGCUAUGUUAGCACUAUUACACUUUGUGGAAAGGAAAUAGAUGGACCCAAAGCUGAAGAUUACAGAAACAAAGCUGUAUGUCCACUGCAAGGAUAUUUACUGGGGUCCUCAUUUGAACUACCAGAAACAAAACAAGUAAGUAAAAAGAGAGCAUCGUUAGCUGAGCUACUUUAUAGGACAAAGGCAACAAGUCAAGAUUGUACAGAGACAGGAAUAAGAGGUGAAACACAUGUCAAGGAAACACAUAAGUCUGCUGUCAGGCAUAUUAUGAGAAAGGUAUUGAAAAAGGUCUGCAGUUCUUCAAAAAGCUGCAACACUUCCAGGAAAGAUGCUGAUUCUGCUUCAACCAAUAAAAAACUCCACAAGGCUCUACGUUUGUUUCACAGAAAAGUCUAUCCUGAAAGCCCCAUAAACGGAAAAGACUGCAUUAAAUCCCACAAAGAUGAGAUACAAUAUGUUUCUCAUAAAUUCUUCCAUGAAUAUGAUAAUCGGAAGUCCACAAAUCCAGACAACGGCAAAAAAUUUCAUCCAGAUACCAAAUCAAGAGAGUGGUCCCAACAACGUAUGAUCAAUUGGAACCAACCACAGCUUGGGCAAAUAUGCAGCAGCUCAACUGGAAAUAAUGAGCACUGGAUUAGAACAGACGCAGAGUGUAAGUACUACAUACAUCUAGAAUGCAAUUCCUCACACACCAAUUUGAUAAAUAUCUUCCAUUAG